AUGAAAAAAAUAAUAAAUUAUAUUACAAAUAAAUAUAUAAGAACAAAAUACAGAUUAGGGGUUAUUGAUAGAAGAUAUAAAUUAUUUUCAUGUGGUGCUCCCUUGGUUUUAUUAAUGUCUCUCACUAUAAGCAUUGGGACAUUCUUAAUAGAUUUGCAAUAUCAAAUUAAAAAUAGUAGAGAACAGAAUAUAAAUAUAAGGGAAAAUAAAUUGUUGGAAGAAAAAAAUAAAUUAUUAAAAAUAUUAACAGAUUAUGAUUGCAAUGAUUAUGAAAAUAUUCCGAUUAAAAGAGAAUAA